UAUAUUGCAAUUUUAUAUACAGUAAAAUAAAUAAAAUUAAAAACAAUUAUAUAUAGUAUGAAAUGGAACAGUUUGAAAUUGUAUGUCUAGUCGGUGAAGGCUCUUUUGGAAGAGUAUAUAAAGCUAAUAAUAAAUCUAGUGGGGAAACUGUUGCUCUGAAAAUUAUUCGAAAGCAUGGUCGAUCAGCUAAAGAGCUUGUGAAUUUCCAUAGAGAAUGCGAAAUACAGCAGCACUUGAAUCAUCCCAAUAUAAUUCGAAUGCUAGAUUCUUUUGAUACUCCAUCUCAAAUGGUGGUCGUUACUGAAUUUGCUCAUAAGGAUUUACAUACUAUAUUGGCAAAAGAUGGGAGCUUAGGGGAAGAAAAAUCUCGUGUGCUGACAUGGGAUUUGGUAUCUGCACUAUACUAUUUACAUUCGCAUAGAAUAUUGCACAGAGAUUUGAAGCCACAAAAUAUCUUGCAAGACGUGGAUGGAAAAUUUAAGUUAUGUGACUUUGGUCUUGCUCGCACCAUGACUACUGGUACUCAUGUUCUGACAUCUAUCAAAGGGACUCCGUUAUAUAUGGCACCUGAGUUAAUGUCUGAACAGCCAUAUGAUCAUCAGGCAGAUUUAUGGUCUUUAGGUUGCAUAAUAUAUGAAACUUUAGUUGGAGAGCCUCCGUUUUCUACAACAUCAAUCUUACAUUUAAUUCAGUUAAUUAAACAUGAACGCGUCAGAUGGCCAAGUUUUAUAUCACAGGAAUGCAUCUCGUUCUUACAGGGUCUGCUGCAAAAGAAUCCUUUGGAUAGAUUAUCUUGGCAGAAUAUAUUAAUUCAUGAAUUUGUACAAGGGCAUAUAAUAAUUUUAGAUGAAACAUCUGUAUCACCAUUCACACAUCCAUUAACAAAAUCCCAAGCAGAAGCUAAAGAAUUGCAACAUAUGAAAGCUAUAGAAAAUAAAUCUUGUGCAAUACCAGUUCAAGAAUAUAAUGAGACCAAAGUUGUAACUGAAGACAAAUGCAAUGAUACACCAACGGUUUUAGAAAAUGAAACAACAUGUAGCUCUGAUAGUGUUAAAAAUGCAUUUGAUGAGCUUAGCUUGCGAGAUACUUUAAAGACUGAUUUAGGUAAUACAGAUGUCGAAGGAAAUAUAAGUGAAUUUGAAACAGAUCCUGAACUACGCAAACCUGUAAGAAUGGUUCAGAAUCUUCCUCAGCCAAUACAAGCUCAUUAUGAAUCCAAAUUGAAAUCAAAUAAUUUAGUUAUAAAUAACAUGAAUAGCAACAUAGAAGAACUAAACAAUAUAUUGAAAGUUCAAACAAAUAACACUUUAUCAUUAACUAAAACUAAUAUACCGAAAUACUCACAUAGUAAUAUAGAUAUUGCGAAAAUCACCAGACAAUCCGAUAAUAAAACAAAAAAAAGUUUCUUAGAAAAGCGAAAGCUUAGUCAAAAUUUAGAUAAUUUUUCAUUAAAGCUUGGACACACAGAAUCAGUUAACAAAGAUACCAAAACGUUAAGCAAAUCAAUAAACAGUUGUAAUUUGGUCAAAACUGAAGAAAAAAGUAGAACGUCUGAAAAAUCUACUGGCGCUAAAAGUAAAAUUAGAAAGGAUUCUAAGAAUAUUAAUAUUGAAAAUAAACCAAAAACCAUGAGCAACACUGGUCAAGAUGAGAAGGAAGAUUCUAAUCAAGGUACAUGUGAGGAGGAAGCUAAGUCUCAAAUAGAUUUAAGUAACGAACCAUUAGAUAGUAGCGGCUUAGGAAUUGAUCAGCCUAUUGAAAACGAAGAGUGGCUUGCAUUUAUUCAUAAAACUAUGAGAGAAGUAUUAGAUGGUGAUUUAGAUUCACUAAAACAACAAAAUUUGCUCAGUAUUAUUAUAUCACCUCUAAGACAUAAUUGUGUAAGCAGUGAAGUAGCAAAAAGUGUAGCGCAAUUAUUAGCAAUUCCAUUAGUUGUUUCUAGAAAUACUGGUGAUAUCGAACCAGUACUGAAAGUUUAUUAUGAUGUUAAACUUGUUGCAAACUUAGUUUAUGCUUCGGUGCUUAUAUGCAAACGGAAGGAAACUUUAAAGCGAGACCAGUUCACUGAUUCUGAUCUUUUAGCUUUUGAGAAUAUGUAUUUAUUAGUAUGUCAUCUUUUACAUUCAGCCGAACAAUUUGCUUCACAGUUUUGUGAUGCUGUAGUUGUUUUAUCGGCUAAAAAUCUUAUACAGGAACUAAUGAUACCUGAUGCAAAAGGUGUAAAACUUGCAAGUGAUAUCAUUGCAAUUUUGUGCAGUGUGAUGUGUUGUCUUCCAGAAAAUGCUCAACUAAUUGAAGAUAUUGUUUUAGACAAUGGACUGGCGAGAAUUAUGGAAUUAUUAUUGUAUCAAGAUAAUUUAUUAAGACUGAGAACUUGUAAUCUAGUUCGUUUACUAGGACGCUUCAGCUGUUCUACUUUGCAGAAUUACUGGUGUGCUGAAAUAAGAAAUAAGUUAGAAGAUCUUCUUGAAGAAGAUGAUGUAGACUUAUCAAUGACUGCAGAGGAAACAAUUGCCGAACUCAAGUCACUACCAUUUUAUCAAAAAUAACUUCAUGACAGAGAGUGUAAAUAUUUAAAGACUAAUUUUAUUUUAGUUGUAUUUUCAAGUCAAGUAUUUUUAUAAAUGAUCUUCAUAGGUUCUUAUAUGAACUGUUGAAAAUGCUUACAACAGAAAUUUUUAUACAACUUUAAUACCAUAUAAGUGCAUUAUUGAGAUUCAACUUUUAAUUGAUAGUAUUUAAAUUAAUAUGAUA